CGGUGCGUUUAUUGGGGGGAGGGAAGUGUUUUCCUCGGCACGCGCGUUCUUCUCUCUCUCUCUUUCUCUCUCUCUUUCUCUAUCUCUUUUUCUCUCUUUUUCUUUCCGUCCCUCUUUGCGCUCUGACAAACGCGGACAUGACGCGCGAAGAAGCGUAGCCGCGCUUUCGCGUUCACAGAUGAAGAGCGUCGAAUUAUCGGACACUUCUCUCUUUCGUUCGUCGCGCCGCAGUCUCGUUUGUUGCCGUUGUUCUCUCAACGAUUUAUUACCACACGCACACAUAACACACGGAUUGGAAGCCGAAAACUCGUUACUCGUUCCUCGAAACCUCUCGCGUCUCGAACACCGGUAACACCUCGCGAUUAUCGAGAGGGAGAGAGCGCUCGAUCUUCGCGGGUCGAACAAGUCUCCCUCUCCGCACACGGCCACAUUUCCCCUCGUCGUGUUUGUACGCGCGCGGCUGCUGCUGCGUCGCUCGUGUUAAAAUAAGUCAAGUGUGUGUGUGUGUGUGUACGCGAGAGAAACGAAAAGGAGAGACAACGUGAUUCGAGAUGUGUUUUGUGAUGAUUAUUCGCUCGGCGUGAACGAAAUUCCGCGCGACGGAGCCGACGAGUUUCAGGAAGCGGCGCGCCGUGGCCUGGUCACACCACCACGACCACCGGCUGCUGCUCGACGUUUCGAACCUCACCGACAAGGGGGAGGACGAAGAGGAGGAGGAAGAAGAGAAGAUCGUUUUCGGAAGGAUGUGCGGCUGAACAAGGAUUCGUUGCUGUUUUGUCAUUUUACUUGCGACGUCGCCGUUUAGAAAUCCAAAAAAAAAAAAAAAAAAGUAAUGAUGUACACGGAGGGAUAAUACUUGCGUAUUAUCUGAAGAUCGCGAUUGAGAAGCGCGAAAAUGCAUAAGCUUGUUGAAGGCGAAGAAGAGGCGGAUUGACGGAGACGUGAAAGUGCUCGAGACGAGUGUCGCUCCGCGUUCACUCGAUGCAUCGAAUUCUUCAAUCUCGAUCUGCACAUCGUAUCUUUAGAGUCUUUAAAGGCUGCGAGUGUCAGGCGCGCGCGCAAUCGAGCCCAGACAGAUUCCCGAUAGGAUGAACAACUCCUGAUCGCCGGUCGGGCGAAGAAGCCACGAAGAGAAAUGAUGGAUGCGGCUGGUCGACGUGAGAAAAAAUCACAAACCUAACAUCAACGAACACGCGACGUCGUUCGACAAGAUAGUUGGAAGUCGCAGGGAACUGUUUCGAGAUCCGCCUUUCGUCGCCGAUUCUUUUCACGUUAAUCCGCAUAGAAUGAGCAUCGUAGGCAUCGCCCGCAGAAACUGGGCGCUGCGCCUGUCGAUCGUGUUGAACGUCUGCGUGCUGCUUUACGUGUGCGCCCAAUUCGGCGGUUCCGGACCGUGGAUCGAGGAACCGCCGACCAAUUGGGCAGCGGCACCGAUCCAAUCGGACACGUACGAUUUGGUGAACGGCACGCAGAAAGGCGCCGUCGCAUCGUCAUUGUCCUCGUCGCUGACCGCUACGAAGGAUGCGGCACCUGGAACUAACGGCGCCGCCAGUCGUCCGCUCAGGAUCAGGCUCGUCACCACGACGCCUCCCCUGAACGGUGUCAAGAUCGAAGCUCUCGACAAAUCGCGGGAGAGAGAGCAUUCGCGUAAUCAUACGAUGAGGAACAACGGCACGACAAAGAUUGUUCGCGAACCGAUGAGUCUAAAAGAGGCUAUACCCUGUAACGAGAAGUCAACCGAACCGAGGCGGGCGCAACGCGGCGACUAUUGGGUGCUGUACAACUACGUGCCGAUGAGCAUGGCGGUUAGAUGCUGGGAGAGCGUGACGUACACCACACACGCCGACUAUACAUUCCUGGACAAUCUGGAGCCGCUGCUGGAGCGCUGGCGGGCACCGAUAUCGAUCGCCAUGCAUGCGCCCGGUACUGACUUCCCGGCGACUCUUGACGCCAUCCGAUACUCGAGAAACUGCGGCAGCGCCCUGGUGUCGCAGCUAGUCACCUUUCACAUCUUCUUCAGCAGCAAACAUGUGCCAAAAAUGGUUCCGCCGUCGGAAAAGAUCGUCUCCGACACGUACAACUGUUCGCUCGGUCCGCCGUGGGUGAACGUGAGUCUCUCGAAGAUGUACAAGAACGAGAAGAAACUGUUGUACCCAGUGAACGUGGGUCGUAACAUAGCGCGCGAGUCCGCGCUCACUUUCUACGUGUUCCCUAGCGACAUCGAGUUGUACCCAAGCCCAAAUCUGCCGGCCAAAUUUUUGGAGAUGAUCCGCAGACGGGAUCAGCCAGCACUCGACAAACCCAAUCCCAAAGUCUUCGUGCUGUCGAUUUUCGAAGUGGACGAGAAGAGUCAGCCGCCUAAUAACAAAACGCGUCUGAUACAAAUGUUGAAGGCGGGCACUGCCAUACCCUUUCAUAAAAAAUUAUGCUCCGGUUGCCACAACGUGCCGAAGAGCAAGGAGUGGCAGGAAGCACCGGAAACGAAGGAUCUGCAUGUGUUUCACGUUGGCAAAAGGACCGGCAGCUUCGUACACUGGGAGCCGAUCUUUAUCGGGACCAAUAACGAUCCUCUUUACGACGAAAGACUCAGCUGGGAAGGGAAAAGCGACAAGAUGACCCAGGGUUACGCGCUGUGCGUUCUCGAUUAUGAUUUCCUCAUUUUGGAUAACGCUUUCUUGGUGCAUCGGCCUGGCAUUAAAAUUUUCAAGAAGGACCCACAUCGCGACAUGCUCACCGCCAAGACGAACGCCCUCAUCAAGAAGAUCAUCAUGCCAGAACUGAAGAUAAGGCGACGCGAGCAGAAGAUUGUGAUUCAUUGUUUUCGAGAAAAAAAAGUCGCAAAGCUAAAUAUAUAACACGAGAAAUAGUUGUAAAACGUUGUUUUUGUCCAAUAAGCUGAAACAUUUCUUCUUUUUAUUCAAAAAUAGGAAAAUACAUUAGCUCUCGCACAAGGUGAUAUAAUUUAUUUUAUUGUAUAUGUAUUUUUUUUUUUUAUAAAUAUUAAACUUGUCACACACACGAUGUGCGUGUCACGAUUUUAAUUUAAAAAUAGCGAAAAGCUAAAAAACCGAUCAAGUAACUAUU